GCUACCCUUUAACCUCUUGGUGGUCUAGUCGAGUCCAUCACAAGUCCUUCCACAAGUCCAGUCACAAGCCUUUUGACAAGAUCAGUCAUACGUAGCGGGAUGAACAAUGAAACAGGAAUGCUUUUGUAACCGUUCAUUUGAUGAAUACCUUGUGACUUGACUCAAGACUGAAUGACUUGUGCUGGACGUACAGGGACUGCAACACUGAUAGCUCUACUGUUUACAAGCUUUGUGUGCGUCAUGCUGUUGCCUUCAAAUUAACAAUUUUGAAAUCCUGCCACGUUCUUAAAUUCUUAAAUUUACAAGGUGUCACACACGACUGCUGCCUCGGCUGGAGAAGAGAUGCAUUGCCUCAUAGGUUCUGCGAUUUGUUUACUCCCUUGCGAGAACGGUGAGCAGUGUUGGUGCAAAAUGUCUGCGAAUGUCGCCGCGGUUUCAAUGGGCCUCCGUGCAGCGAUGUUGACGACGCAUCGUAGUCAGUUGUGCCUCCAUCACAGCAAUUGAUGACAUCAAGCCCCACAGCAAAAGUGAGAGAUGAUGCUGCCAGCUUGGCUGCGUCGAAUGGUAGCGUUUCUCGUCAUUCUAGACGCCCUUUCCGAGAGCCAAUUUCACAGACAAAAUACAUGCCCUCGAAGUUACUACGUCCGACGAACAACAUCGGCAUCGGAGUAUUACACGGAAUCUUGCGGUUUUUGGGGUUGGUCCCGAUGUGGACGUACCAGGUAUCACAUACGGUACCGCUCCGCUCCAAGGACGGCGUAUGCCUGUUGUCUGGGCUGGAGAAGAGAUGCCAGCAACCGCAGCCUGAGAGGCCUGUCCUCACUGUACGUAGCCGGUGAGAAGUGCCUCCCAGGUCACGUGAUUGGAACCGUCCUGACGUCCCAGACAAUCACGUGUGCUUUUGCCUGCCUCCGAAACACCCGCUGUACAUCCAUGAAUUACGACCCGGUUGAGCGUUUGUGUGAGCUGAAUGGGAUUAAUGCCGACGGUGAGGUUGCCAGUAACUAGUUUGACGCUGUGGAUUGUGAUUUACCAGUACCAAAAUGCGUCGAUCGGCAGGCAUGUAGCUCAUAAGCUCUCGAGAUGACUGUCUUGUGGCCGGCAGCUUUGUUACAUCGAACGUUAUCAUAUUUCGUCCUGCUGGACGCCCUAUCAAACAAUCAAGUGCAUGGGCAAAAUAUAUGCCCACGUAAUUACUAUGUCCGCGAGACAACAUCAGGAUCGGAGUAUUACACGGAAUCUUGCGGGGUUUGGGGUUGGGCCCGAUGCGGACGUACCAGGUAUCACACAAGGUACCGCUCCGCUCUAAGGACGGCUUAUGACUGUUGCCCGGGCUGGAGGAGAGAUGGCAGCAACCGCUGCCUCACAGCGAUUUGCUCUCAAACCUGCUANAAUGGCGGAUCGUGCGCUUCGCCCAAUGUCUGUGGGUGCUCUGCCAGCUACACGGGGACUACCUGCAGUGAACCGAUUUGCUCGCCGCCUUGCGACAACGGAGGGAACUGCACAUCACCCAAUGUCUGCAACUGCCCAGCAAGUUACAUUGGGAAUACCUGCAGUGAACCGAUUUGUUCACCGCCUUGCAAGAACGGCGGGCAGUGUGUGGCUCCUAACGUCUGCAAAAGCCACUGCGGUUCCCGUGGGAUUACCUUCAACAAAGGCCUGUCCGCCAUGGACGUAGCCAGUGAGAAGUGCCUCCGAGGUCACGUGAUCGGAACCGUCCUGGUACCCCAGCCAGUCAUGUGUGCUUUUGCCUGCCUCCGAAACACCCGCUGUAAAUCCAUGAAUUACUACCCGGUUAAACGUUUGUGUGAGCUGAAUAAGGUCAGUGCCGACGGUGCGGGCACUAGCGACUGGUUUCACGCGGUGGAUUGUGUUUUUUAUCGCUCACAAAAUGUACUAAUCGGUUAGCAUGAAGUUCAUGAGAAUCUGUAAAUUGAUCUCAUUGCUUGUUUUCUUUCUUGUAAUUAAGCAGUCAAAAUGGAAACUGAAACUAAUUGAAGAGGUACUGUGAUGGCGAAUGCUUUUAUGAUUGAAUGUACUAUUGUUUUUGCGUAAAAGUCAUGCAAGUUUUGCAGUGGCGUAUUGGGGGAGAGCAACUUGCCCCCGGACGGAUAUUUAAAAAUAAUACUUCAAAGGUGAAUUGGAAAGAGAGGGGUACAGUGAUUUAUCAAAUAUUAGCAGCAAAGCCCUCAGAAAACAACACCAGCACGUGAAAGUAAAGAUGUUGGG